AAAUAUGUUGGUAUAUCCUUUGGCGUCCGAGUCCAAUUUCUGGAUCUCUGUAGACUUGACUCGUUCGCUCAUCAUUCAUCAAAAUCCCUAAAUUUUGUUUUCGGUUUCCAUCAUUCGCCAUUAAUUAAGCUUUUAAUUCAAGCUCUUCAGUGGGAUUCGGUUGCUGGAUCUUCUACGAACUAUCAUUUUUUUUUUUGCUGAAAUAGUUCUCGUACAACUCCAAACAUGAGUUUUGUUUUCCGAGGCUCUAGAGCAGAUAUAGAACCUGGUUUUCCAGGAUUGAUCCCCGAGCGCCGUGCAGUGCGAGUCCAUGCAGCCCGGCCAGUUAAUACUAACUCAUUAGCUUUUCUUGUCACAGUGCUCUUACUGUUCAUGAUUCUGAAUUCUCAUCAAAUGUCACCGAACUUUCUGCUGUGGUUGGUGCUUGGUGUCUUCUUCAUGGCAACAACCCUAAGGAUGUAUGCAACGUGUCAGCAGCUUCAAGCCCAGGCACAAGCUCAUGCUGUUGCUGCAAGUGGUCUUCUUGGUCCUACAGAGUUGCGGCUGCAUAUGCCUCCAUCAAUAGCGCUUGCUACCAGAGGACGGUUGCGAGGCCUCAGACUACAGCUUGCACUUCUUGACAGGGAGUUUGAUGACUUAGAUUAUGAAACGUUGAGGGCACUGGAUGCUGAUGAUGGUCCUACAACCCCAUCAAUGACUGAGGAAGAGAUAAAUGCCCUUCCUGUUCACAAGUAUAAGGUUUCUGGACCCCAAAGUGCUGGUUCAUCAACACACCCGACAUCUUCUUCAGGAACCACUGAGAAGAAGCAAGAACCUGCAAAUGCCGUAGGAGUUGCAAAAAACUCAGAUGACGAACUAACUUGCAGUGUCUGCUUGGAGCAAGUCAAUGAUGGGGAACUCAUUCGUAGCUUGCCUUGCUUACAUCAGUUCCAUGCAAACUGCAUCGACCCAUGGCUACGACAGCGGGGAACUUGCCCUGUCUGCAAAUUUAGAGCAGGGUCCAGGUGGGAUGAGAAUGGACAAGGAGGAGAAGAUGCUUAUGAUAUGGUGUAGUUUCAGCAUGGCGCAUAACUUAUUUGUAAAACCGACAUCGAUACACAUACACCACAGAAGCCUGUAUCGUCAAAAGUCUCUUAUGGCACUCUGCAAUUGUGCAAACUAGCUGAAAUAUGUCGCAUUGGUAAAUAUUAGCUUAGUCUUAAAUCUUAUCAGGAUACAGAGGCGGGAUCCUUCGUUCGAGGUACACAGCCCAUGACCCUGAAAAAUCGUUUGUCAAAUGUAUCUGUUUCCUCCCAUCAUUGGACUGAAAAAUCGUUUCUGGAAAUUUUAGCUGUCAAGAAUGUUUGUCAAAUGUGACGAUUUUUAUCAUUAAAUUGAUCCUUCUGUCAA